AUGAAUUCUACUGAACUGAUGCAACACGAAUGCCCGAUCUAUGUUAUCUUAGGGGGAAGACUAGAACAGUCUUCUCUCUUUGUUCGAGUUUGCCUUAUUUUGAACAUUAUCAUCAAUAUUUUCACCUUUCCUUUCACUGCUGUCUUGAACGCGUUGGUGAUAAUCGCCGUAAAAACUAAACGACGACUGAGGGCCCACAAGUCCAAUAUCGCGAUCGCUCUGCUAGCUACAACUGAUUUUGUAGCCGGAAGUUUUGCUCAGCCCACAUUCAUCACUUGGUUAAUAUUAAUCUUUGUCAACUACAACAGUGAUUUAUGCCCAUUUCUAGCGUUUCGCUUCCUGAUAAACAUGCUUUUCGGCGUGUCGAUUCUUCAUCUGUUGAUGAUAAGUGGAGAGCGGUUUUUAGCCAUCAAGCAUCCAUUUGCGCACAUUUCUCUUGUCAAAGAAAGUAAUCUGGUCAUUGCCUCUGCCUUGGCUUGGCUGUUGCCCUCAGUUGUUAACGUUUAUUUUUUCCUUACUGGAAAUAUGAUUGCGUUUGUUCUUGUCGAUAAUUCUGUCAUUUUAACAUCAGUUGCCUGCAUAGGUUACUGUCAUUUUAAAGUUUACUUUGAAACUCGAAGACAUAAACGACAAAUUGCAGAUCAACAAGUUACACAAGAGACAAGGAAAAAAUUUUUAAAGGAUCAAAGGGCCUUUAAGGUUACAUCUCUGAUUAUAGCGAUGAUACUGCUAUACUCUUUACCAACGACUCUUGUUAGACUAGUGACAACCAUGUUUCCAAGUCUACUAUCAUUGGAACAGAAACAUGGGCUUUUCUUUUCAGUUACGGCGAUGAGUUUGUUAAACUCUUUUAUUAAUCCAAUUAUUUACACUGUCCGAUUAAGGGAGUUCCGCGUCGCUUUUAUCGACAAGAUAACGUGUGGAACUGCAACUCUCGGUGAAGCUGAAGAAAACGAAAUGCGAAACAUCAGGCCUCCCGGCGCUGGGCUUAGAGUUCAAGAGGGGAAUUGA